CCAAAUAGCCCUCCUCGCCGGCGCAUUGCUGCAUACUAGUGAGCAAAGCUAAGAAGCAGCGAAAUCUGAAUACUCGGUUGCAAUGGCGGCACUAAAUCUCACCUGUCCAUUCUCCCCGCCCGCCCACGGCUACCUUCGCCACCGUUCACUUCCCAAGUUCAAAACCAGAGUCUCCUGCUCUUUCUCUCCUCUUCCUAGCAAGUUCAAGCGGCAGUACACUAGUGUAAUGAUAGUGCCGACGGGAAUAGGAGCGGCGAUUGGUGGCUAUGCUGGCGACGCUUUGCCAGUGGCGAGAGCUUUUUCUUCCGUUGUUGACUGCCUUAUCACUCAUCCUAAUGUUCUUAAUGCUGCAAUGCUGUAUUGGCCCAUGUCAAAUGUGUUGUAUGUUGAAGGCUAUGCUUUAGAUCGGCUUGCAGAAGGACUUUGGGCACUGGAACCGGUUCAUCAAAAUAGAGUUGGAUUGGUUCUUGAUGCUGGAAUCGAAGAAGAUCUUCGUAUUCGCCAUCUACAAGUUGUUGAUGCGGCUAGAGCGUCCCUUGGUCUCUCAUUUGUGGAAUAUACUGUAACAGACCUCCCUUUAAUGGUGGAGAAGUGGGUUGACCCAAAAUGUGGGCAGUCAACUGGGAGGAUACAAAAUCCAGACUCCCUGUUGAGGGCUGUAGAGAAGUUGGUAAAAGGUUCAGAUGUGAAUGCAGUUGCAGUUGUUGCACGUUUUCCAGACGAUGAUGAUGAAGAUAUAGAUGAUUACCGACAGGGGAUGGGAAUAGAUCUCUUGGCUGGUGUGGAGGCAGUAAUAAGCCAUCUAGUAGUGAAACAUUUUCAAAUUCCUUGUGCACAUGCUCCUGCAUUAUCACCCCCUCAACUAAGCACUUCAGUAUGUCCAAAAUCAGUUUCUGAAGAGAUAGGAUAUACUUUCUUGCCAUGUGUGCUUGCUGGGCUUGGUACUGCACCACAGUAUCUGAUCAAGGGAACUGAGAUUUUAGGAAAAAACUGCAUUUCAGCCAGUGACGUUGACAGUGUCAUUCUACCAAUUGAUGCUUGCGGGGGAGAUGGUGCCCUUGCAUUUGCAAACAGUAAAAGAAACAGGCCACUUAUAAUCGCUGUGGAAGAGAAUGAAACUGUUCUCAAUGAUACGCCUGAGAGACUCGGGAUAGAAGCUGUGAGGGUGUCAAACUACUGGGAAGCCAUAGGUGUAGUUGCUGCUCAUAAAGCAGGAAUUAACCCAGAUUCCCUUAGAAGAGACAGAAUUAAGAACAUUCAAAACCAUUCUUUGUUAGAGUAUCAUAGUAGAACUAUGCUAAAGUUGUAGUUAAUCAAUGUUAUUGGUGGAUUAUUUCUUUAUGUUAUUGUAAAUACAACAUAAAUUAUAAGCCAUUAAAAUAUGAGAAAUUACAUUGGUAGUAUUAUGAGCAGGUUUGUCUUGAUUAGAUUAACUACAUUUUUGUUUUGCCUUUGAUGGCAAUACGGGUACACUAGACAUAUCUGAUUUCCUUUUUGAA